UAUAAAUAAUGACAAACACUGCUUAUCGAAUCCUUUUCUUUCUUUUUUACAAACAAACGUACUCGUCCUGAUGAUCAAUAGUUGAUCGUAUUAGUCGCGUGACCUCAUCGGCGGUCGUUUCCGCAGAUAAAGUGCUAUCGUCAACGAUAUCUCAUUUUUAACCGAAGUCAGACCUAGCCGUGAUAAGCUUCAGAUUCUUUGUAAACUUUUCAAAGAACACAGAAUUUAUAGCUCGAGAAAUAUGAUAAACGAAAUGGUUUAAUUAAUUCUUUUACGUAUAUCCCAGCUGGACAGUCGUUUAGAGAACAUUAAAGAAAACUUUCGCGCAUGGAAUCUUCAAAUUUUCGUAGAUUAUGAUUAUGAUUAUUAAUGAAUGAAUCGACUUCCGCGUCACGCACGCAUGACUUCCUUAUUAUUGUUUCCUACUCAUAAAGAUAAAAUAUUCCAUCGUGACUUCGUAAUCCUGAUUUUACCAGUUUUCUUGACGAACAACGUGUAUCGAAUUCUGCGAAAAGUUUUCGGUUUCGAAUUUCCUUCUCCGUGUCGUUUACCGCGGUCGUUGUAGAUCGUAUGACGAUGCGCAUUUAAAUAUAUUUCGCGCUUGAACAAUCGCGCUCUCCGUUCCAAGAAUACGCGUUUGCGGAAUAACACGUUGACACCCGUGAAAUGGACGGCCAAUGAAAGCGAGACGAUUUUUCGACAUGCUGUGCGCGCCGCUUAAUUACGAGGCGCGAGAUUUCUAAUUGUAUUUAUUUAUUUUUCUUACUUUAUAUACAUAUUUUUUACUUUCUUUAAUCUUGCGGCUUCCAUCAAACGGCAGUGAGGGCUGAAAUUAAUCAAAUUCCGAUUAUCUAUUAGAAAUAUUUUUUCAUAUAUUUAUUUUCCUUUUUGACGUUCAGAAAUUCUCACACAUUCAAUAAAUAUCAAGCAUUUCAGUAAAUAUAUUCGCUGCAAAAAAAACCUUUUAGAUUCUUCGAUCCUUUGUCGUCGACUCGCUUAUUUCUCGCGGAUGGAAAUUGAGAGCUAGUGGACCGAUCGAAGCGCGAGCCGACCCUGGCCAUCAAGUGUACGACUGUAUGUACCAGUAUGUACACAACACAUCCGUGCGUGCGCGCCUGCCCCGACGCCCCUGACGCGAGAGACGCGAGGAGAGGGCCGUGAGAGUUGGGGUCGAGGGAGCGAGGCGCGGGCUUACGUACGUGGGUCGUGGACGGUGGACGAGCGAAGCGAGUAGUUGGCGUCUGCGGGAAGCAGCGGGAAGUCGUGAUCGCGAGUUCGGUGCGUGCACACAUCGGCUCGCGGUACGUAUAUAUAUGUGUAUAUACAUGCCCGUCUCGGCCACGAUCGGCGGCGACGGCGGCGGCGGCAGGUUGAACGGCGCAGCACGGCGACUCUGGCCGAUCGGCUGGCUGGACAUGAUGCGCGCCUGCGACGACACGUCCGAGGUACAAUUGGAGAGGUUCAGGGCGGCUAUGACGGCGAGCGGCGCCGUCGCCGCCGUCGCCGCGACCGCGUCGGGCGACGGAAACGGGGAGGAGGAGACGGGCACGACGGAGGAGGAAGAGGAGGAGGAGGGGGAGGAGGAGGAGCUGGAGCUGGCGAUGUCGAGGAAGUCGUGCGAGGGAGCACAGCUGUCGACGCUGUGCGCGGCGGCGGCGAACAGCUGUUCGUGCUGUUCGUCCUGCUGCAAGCCUGCGUGCCGCACGUCCGAAAUGGCGCAAGAGGACCACGGCCCGUCCUGGGACAGACUGCCCGCCGUUAUCCUGCAGGAGAUAUUCUCGUAUUUGUCGCACGAGACCAGAAUAACAGCCUCCCAGGUGUGCAAAAAUUGGAGAAGCACCUUAUUCCACCCAAACUUUUGGAAAAAAAUUACUUUUGUGUUCAGAGAUGAGGACAGUGUUUCGUGGGUCCGAUUCUUGACAAAUCGUUUUGCUCUGAGUGUACAUGAAGCUACAAUCCGAUGGGAUAAGCCUAGAUACAUCAACUGCAUAGGUGAAACAAACAGGCUCUUGAAGAAAUUAGGUCGCAAUAGACAACUGAAAAAAUUGUUCUUGGAAUUCAAUAGCAACACCUUCGAUUGUCUUUUCGACAACGAAGAUGACAGUUUCAGUAAUUACAAAAGUUCCACAUCAAUAGUGAAAUCCUUGGUAAAUAUUACUGAGACCUCCAAUUGCCUGGAGACCCUAAGUCUGGGAUGUAGGGAAGUGCUGGAUUUGUCGACGAUUCUGGAACCCCUCCGUCUUCAUCACUCCAAACAUCUAACACAUCUCAGUCUGGCAUCCAUCAAGGACGAUCCCGAUUAUUACGACUUCUACAUGUUUGAUAACUCUAUUUUUAAUUCAUUUAUCAGAUUGUCUAUCUUAACUCUGGAUUAUGAGUAUGUUAGUGAUACUUUGUUGGAAGCAUUAGAUAGUGGAUGUAUGCAGAGACUUGUGAUUCAUAUACAUGGCUGGAGAGAGGAUUACUCGAGCACGACGAAUUUGGCCUGGCAAAUGUUUGUUCAGAAAAAUCCACAGUGUGAGUUGAGGCUCAAUCUUAUACAUUCUUAUGCCGGCGUUAUGGUUUUGGACACCCAUAUAUUUUGUCCUGCUAUGCCAUUGACACACUUGCAAGUUUUGUUCUGCGAAAAUGUCAAUAUCGCAGCACUGCAUCAAUUAUCAAUGUGGUAUUCGCAAACACUGAAAUCGUUGACGUGGAUAGAUUCGAUAGAUCGCAAGCAGUGCAUACCAUCUACGUAUGAUCGAAAUGAUCCAAAUAGUCCAGACUCUUUGGUGUUGGUGGCAUGGAAGUGUACUAAACUUGUCAAGAUGAUGUUUCUGGGUCAUAAAUAUUACCAAGAAAAUCUGUUGGCCAUUGCACGUCUCAGAGGCAGCACUCUUAAAUCGUUGGUAUUCGCAGAAUGCGAUAUUACAGCUGAAUUUUGGUCCGAGGCUGAAAACAUCAGACGUGAAAUUCAAGAUAUAAUGGGUCCACAUUGGAGGCUGUUGAGAAAUAUAGAUCUACCACCGGUGAUACGAGAUCCUUUCAAAGGCGACAGCAGAGAAGUGAUUAUGCCGUUGGUUCUCAGUGAUCAAAACUAAUUUUCGAAGCCAAGGAAAAUCUCUCCAGUAUGAUCAUCUAAAAACCAACUCUCUGGGCCACAUCAACAUUCUCAGAAGUAAUGUUAUCAAAUUAUAUCUUUUAUUCUUCUACAAGAUUUUUUUAACGAGGAUGAAACAUCGAACAGCGAAAUGUACGCACCAUGUAAAUCCGAAAUCUCGUUGUCAAUAGCGUUAUCGUUUUCCAAGUUGGGAAUUCUGGGUGCGUUAUGUGAGAGAUACAAAGAGAUAAACGCACACACACACAUAUAUACACACACACGUAACUUUCUCCUCGUUUACAAUACUUCUGUCAGUUAUAUGAAUGUGAUAAAAUUGUAGUUAAAUUAGAGAGAGAGAGAGAUCUACUUUCGACUUGUUGAUAUAUUUGAAUGCAAAUUACAACAUAUUUACAAACAAUGAGACGAUCUCUUCAACCAAGGGACGAUUUCUCUCAAGUGAUUUAUAUGCACUAUAGUUUUCUUCUUAUGGAAAACCAUGAGUCGCGCUUUGAUGUUGACAAAGUGAUGCUAGGAGUGUGAUCACAAACGUAUAUUAUCGCAUUAAGAUGUGCUAAUAUAUAUAUAUACAUAUAGUCUCUCUCGCCUAUAUUAAGUCGAUAUUGCCAGAAGAAGCCAGAGUACAUUUUAUAUAACUACAAUUAUUAUUCUGGUCAAAGAGAGCGGCAACCUAGAACGGCGUAGCUAAGCAACAAGAUUGCAAUGUAGGAAGACUGUGAAUCUUACAAGAGGUAAUAACGCCAAGCGCAGCGGAGCUGGAUAGAAGAAUACGAAUGAUUUAUUCAGCAAAAGAAGAGAAAGCGUAUAACAUAUGAGAGAGAGAAAGAAAAAGAUAGGGAGAUUCGGAUCUCGUGAUCUUCCAUCAAUGGAAAGAAUAACAAAAUUCCAAACGUAUGUAAGUAGAAAAUACGUUUAACAACAUAUUUUUCCAAUUCUCUGGGAAGUUUAGGUGACAGCUAGCGCCAAGAGCACGACGUGCGAGAGUAAAUAUCUAGUAAGACUUCGCGAAGAGUUCACGAAGUCACAAUACAGCGAUCCGAAAGAGAGCACGAAGUCAAUACAGCGAUCCGAGGUUAUUUUUAAUACCAAGACCAAUCGGACGCUUUUGUACAAAUGUUAACGUAGCGCGCACACCGGAAAAGAGCGCACGCGGUCCGCUCGAUAAAGUACGUGGAGCGAAAAAGCGAAACGAGUGAAAAAGUAUCGCUCGGUAUUUAUCCAUACCAGCCUGUCCAUGUAUAACUUUCGACAGGGUGAUAACGCGUAGUAAUCGAACGAGUAAUAUAGUAUAACCGUCUACACUCAUCGUGCUCUUAGCGACCGCUGAUGACGAACACACGAAUAUAAGUAUAUCUGUAAAAUCGGAGUUAUUAACCGCUAAUCGUAUAUGUAUGUAUAUGUAUGUAUAACUGUAUUAUCUGUCGAACUUUAAACACGUCAACACAUUCGGACGCAGCGCGCAUCUAUUUCUGUCGUGCGAUUAACAAUGACGAUUUUGAGAGCGUGUUUAAAAGAGAGAAAAGAAGCGCGAGAGAGGAAAAGAGCGAGAGUGAGAGAGAGAGAGUUAUUCGUAACAAAGAUAAAAUACCAAAAUGCAACCGCGUGCGUAUAUGCCGAUAAACACACAACACACACACACACACACACACACACACACACACACACACACACACACAGAGUUUACAAUUCCGAGAGGUUGUUUACUUUUUUCGAGCCCUUGUAUAAUUAUAUUACAUUAACGUGUAUAUCGUAACUAUGGUAGUCACACAUGUAUUAAUAUUGGUUUUUUAUAUGUGUGUUUCUGUACAUACAUCUCUCCAUGCGUUCGAGAUACACUGGAUACACGCGCGAACAACGCGGAAUUGCGUGUGCGGAAUAUAAAUAUAUAUAUAUAUAUAUAUAUAUAUAUAUACACACGAGCAAGAGAGAAAAAAUAGCGAGAAAGGAGAGAUGGAAGAAAGCACAAAAGAAGAAAGAAUGUGGAGGAGAUAAAAAGUGCGAGUAAUAUGAUGCGAAAGGAGGAAAGAAAGCGUUUUUUCUUUUCGACGUACGACCACAGCUGUUAUACAAGAUGAACGGGCCUUAAUAUGUACCUGAGUCGCGGGUAAGGGUAAACUCGCUGAGAAAUCUGUCACGCGACAUCCACCAUAGAGAGAUAACCAGAUUAAAACCACCUUAUAGCGGUUGCUGUCCUCGCAAACGUGCGGCGGGCGUAUGUGCACACGCGGCCCACGUUCGCCAGGACCACGCGGCCACAAAACUUAAGGUAUAUCACGCUCGUGCCCUUUCAUUUCGUAUUCCGCGCGUGUAUAUUUUUACAUCAGGCGUGAGAAAGGGAGGAGAAAAAGCGUAACUAGACAGUUUCCAAGGGAGUCGAAACGCGGACGUUGAUCGAAUAGCUAACGCGUGUCCGCUGACCGCCGAUACCACGCGGACGGAAUAAAGACUUUACGAGGUAAUUUUACGUUUCUUCUCGUUUUUCUUUCAAACAACAAACGGAAAUUCCGCGUGAAGAAGAAAAAGAAAAAAAAACAAAAGUAAAAACUAUAUUCGGGGACGCGGUGUCCAGCGUGUGAGUGUGACAAACGAGCGAGAGAGAGAGAGAGAGAGAGAGAGAGAGAGAGAGAGAGAGAGAGAGAGAAAGCGAGAGCGAGAGAAUGAGAGCAAAAACCAUGCGACAAUUACGCGAGAGCAAGUUUAAUAGCGUGCGAUAAUAGAGGAAAAACCAAGAGAAAAAUUAUUCGAGAGCGCGGAGCGAGAUGAUAAGCGUUCGAAUGUAAUAACGGAUAUCCGCGAAUCGUAGAAACAAAUCAAGUGAUAUGAUAGUACCAUCUCUCUGCGAGUCCUCUGUAAUAAAGUAAUAUCGUGUGUGUAGAGAAAGGCGGUCGUGCAGCCGCUCGGCACGCGGGCACAACGCAACUAUGUAACCACGUGUCGCUAGCGUGAUAACGAAACAAAACCACAAGCAUAAGACUGAACCUGCCGAAAGAGGUGUACACACAACAAAAAAGUCGAGCGGGCUGCACGUUGCCGCCAUCGCCGCCGCCGCCGCACGUUGCCAUAUUCAUAAGAGGAGGCAGGACGGAAAGCACAUCCGGUUGAAAAAAAAAAAAAAAGAUAAAAUUGUCAUGUGUUCGAACACACUGUCUUUCCUCACGGUAUUCUUCGCCGCGCCUGAGAGACACGCGGCUAUCCUUCCACGUUGCUUUCCACCUCGCCGUUGCGAUCGAGCGAACGCGAACGUUAAUUUAUGAAUAUGCGCGUCGCGAAAGCGAAACAAAAAAGGGAUGGUGCACACAAGCUAGCGUUUAGAUCGGAAUAAGCCCUGAGAGAGCUCACUCGACACGGCGGUUCUCGUAGAAGCCGAUAUUAUAAGCUAAACCCUUAAAGCAGCCUGCCAAGAAUCAAAAUACUGUAAAAUAUCAAACGAACGCUAGCCAGUACAGAAUGCUAAGAUCUAUUUUUUAAGAAGCGAAUGUAUAUUUUUGUACUAAGGCAGGCCUUAGCGUGUGAUCGUGUCUUCUUGCGCAUAAGUGGCUAGGCGAGAGCUGUAAUUGUAACACAUGUGGGCUACACAAGCGGAGAAAGAGAGAGAGAGAGAGAGAGAAAUCAACAUGGAAAAUGUAUAUCGAAAGCGUAAUCGUGCGAACAGUGUGCGAACAGCACGGGGAGAACACGACACAAAGAUCCCCAAUAGAUUGUUGUACCGAGUGAGCUGUAGGCAUAGCCAGGGCGUUAUAAAACCGAGAAUAAAACAUCUGUGAUAAAGUAGAAAAUCUAACGUGUUCGAGGGUGGAUGAAGAUCGAAGGCGAGUGUCGGUAGAGAGUAAGCAGACAAAAAUCAAGAAAGAAAGAGAGAGGGCUGUGGAGGACCGGAAAUUCACGCGCGGGCGUUGAAAACUUGUCUAAAUCAGCGCAAGAUCAGCGAAACUCAAAAUGGGGCCGGUGCGACCCCCGGCGCUCCGGGGAAGAGAGAGUUCGUCGUGAAUAAUCAUGAUUGGCAGAUCGAAGGAGAAGAGCGCGAAUAGUGAAAGAGUAACUGUCUUUCGACGAGAUAGCCCGGUCUAACUAGUAGACGACGACGACGACAACGACUCGACCAGCUCGAUCGCGCGCUUUACACGUGGGUUUGCAACGCACGUUUAUUUUUCUAUUUUCUUUUUCUCCUCGGCCAGAGAGCCGGAGCGAUCAGGCGUGCGCGCGUCCCGCAGAGGAUCCGUGGUACACCACACACACACACACACACACAUACACACUCACCGGAAGUCUGGUAUACAGCGUAGUAGUAUAUACUUCCGCACCUCGUCACGUUUAACGGCGGGUGUCACGGCUCUAAAGCGGUACCACGGUGCCAAGCGCGGCUUGGAGUUUUCUUGUUGUUCCGUCUACGACAUUCCACGGUGAGAAGCGAGGACACGCGCGACCGCUCCGCCGACUUCUCAUCGACGAACAACGUUUGGUCCUCUCGACUCACUCCGGGAGUCCUUAGAUAAUCCUUUUAGCUGCUACAACGUUCCUCCUCCAAUUAAGGUCCGCCGCUGACGGCGAGGCGCGCGCAUUUAGGUAAAUUAUAAUAAGGAACGAGAGCGUGAGAAAGGGAGAGGGAGGGAGAAAAAAAACGUUAAGUUAUCGUCGACUGAAAGCGAGAUCGCACAAGAUUAUCGAGGGUACAGCAGCCGGAGUAUAUGUAUAUGUAAUGUAUAUAGUUUUGAUUUUGACACGGACACGCGACAUGUAGACGCAUUUUGUUGAAACCCGCGCGAACGAAGAAACGAAGUCGCCGUCGGGUCGGCGGCCACGAGUAAUAUUUAUAAGUUCCUAAGAAAAAAAAACCACACCUUACACGGUUUAUAAGCGAUAGAAGAACGAAGAGAGGGCCGGCACACACACGAAUACACACGCGCCCUUGUGCACGAACAAGAAAGAGAGUAUUCAGUUUCGACGUAGAUUUGUUCAUUCAUUCGUUCGUUCGUUCAUUCGUUUGUUGUUUCGUUUUGUUUACGGCGCUUUCCAAUACUUUCGGACGCGGCACGUGUAACGUCGUCAUAAUUUAAUAACGAAGUACGAGUACACGUAAUCCAUUCCAAGUUUUUCACAGGAAUGUAGUGUGAUGUAAGGUGACGCGAGGAAGAAAAUCGGACAGGCGAUACGAUUCGUCUCGUCGAGCGAAAUCAGAUUCAGGAGAGGCCGAAAUUACGUAUUGCGUAGCUUCGAUCGGGAGCGGAUGAUUAUUUCAGCCUAUUCGAUAGACCGUUAAUCCUUAAGUCGAUCAAACGACGAUCUUAUUGAUUCUAAGGGGAGGCACGAACUAAUAGCGUUAGCUGUGCCUGUAUGAGUUACCUGUAGAUCGUUUCCGGUGUCGACCGAUCCUAUUAUCUGAGAAUUCGACUGGCGUUAUAUUUUCCGAAAAAAAAAAAACGCACGUACGUUUCCGAUUGACUUGUACCUGCGACGUCGCGACAUCAGCGAUCUGUUCGUAACGAAGUAAUCCUUGCCCAUCGGGAACGGUAGAAUCGCCGGACACGCGCAUUCCUCUAUCGAUAUCACACACGUAAGAGUACACAAACAAAAGUGUUAGAUUGUAAGCAACGAGCUGUGUAAGAGCGAGAACGAAAGUCCGUCGUAACCGUCGCGCGAUCAAGCCUGAAGAUUUUCCCCCGAAAUCUUUCACGAGGGGCUGGCUUUUAUGAGUCUGCGUAUGUAUGUAUGUAUUUUGUCGCUGUAAUAAUUCGUUUCGUAGAUACGAACGGAUCUUACACAAUGUCCUAGUAGUCUAGCGUGCGCGAGUAAUGCCAUCGAGCAUGUGGGGGAUGGUCAUUCGAAUGCACAUCCGUCCCGAACGCGCGGGACUUUUUAACUCUCUAUUGGCCGAGUCUCUUCCCGGAGGUUUCAGCGGGAGGGGUACGUAGCAACAAUGAGUUAAAAUUAAUCUGUACUAUUGAAGACGCAUAGAUUGUUAAGUACAGUUUGUAACUUUUUGAAUUAUUGACUGAGAAAGAGGAAGAUAAUGUAACCACAUGCAACAAUGUAUGCCGCGUGGCAAUAGAGAGUUAAAUCGAAAAGAAAGCGUAGCGUAUAAUGGUGAAUGAUCCAGAGCAUCGAAGCACUUAUGCCACGCUUAUCGUUUGCGAGCCCUGGUUGCGUGAUCGACGAGAGAAGAACGCGCGCGAAAGAGGAUGAUCUCUCGCGUGUUAUUUGUCUGAAACUAAACCGAGCGAGAGCGACGCUAAAAGAUGUUGUACGACGACAAUCCUCGUUAGAUGGGGAUUCUUGAGCGCUUGCCUGCGAUGCAAAUUGAAACUCCGAAAAACGUGCUAAAGUCGAUUCUUGACGAUAAUUAAUGCAAUUUCCAAGCGUAUAAUCCAGAUUUGAGAGCAUUCUAAGAUGAAAAAGGCAUUCGGGGCAUUGUGCAGUACAGAUUGGCGUUAAAAUACAUAAUACUGUCGGGUAUGAAAAAUUUGGUUUAUCGGUUUGGGAAUUUUUCAGUGAGAAUUCCGUUUAGCACGGGAAUGUCAGUUUUAGCUUCUCAGCACGAGGAGCGUCGGAGAAACCCUUUAGUACCCAAAUGACGCUACCGCAGAGUCUCGUCGAGUUCAACCGGCGAUGUAUAAUCACAGGUCGUAGGGUACAAAUGAUAUUCGUCACUUUUGUAAUUCUGUCAUUGUCGAUAGAAACUGUUCUUAAUCGGUUUAAGAUCUCAAUGUUUAAAAGUGGCACUUUCGGUUGCUAAUUAAACGGUUGAAUGAGAACGGGACUCUGUUGAGCGUAACAGAAGCAAUCGGAGGGGGGGGGGGGGGAAGAGCGCUCGUUGCUUUUGCGAAUGUCGUUCCCCAUCGGGCGGAACAGACGUUUGAAACGACGCGAAAUCAUGGCGACGCGGCCAAGCGGACCAAGAUACAUAUACCUGUAAUUACUUCUCGUCGACUCCGUAGCAUUUAGUUUCGUUAUAAGUAUUAGCAUCGUCGGCAGUUGAAAUGCCGAUUGUACAACAUUGUGAUGAGGAAUUGCGCGCGAAAGUCCACGCGCUCGCACUCCGUGACGGUGACGGCGUGCUCGCCGCGAUUUGGCGUCGCUUUCACAUUUUUCCUCUGUCUGUAAGAGCGCGGCGCUUCGUCGAUGCGCCUCGACAUGUUAUUCGUUACACAUGGCGUCGUGUUGAUUGCAACCAACGCCCAACCAAAAAGAAAAGAAAAAGAUUUGCGAUCGGUGCUAAUUUUAAUCGACGUGCUGUCAAACGUGAACGUGUUGCGCCACACGUCUCUCGUGUACACAUGAUACAACGCGUUGCAUGUGCAGAUGUAAUACGGAAUAUAGUCGAGGAAAGGGAAUUGUAUUACGUGGAGAGGGGGACUUUUGAGUCUUGGAAACGUUCUGGCAGCCGACUUUUCCCCCUGGCGACGUAAUCGACGAGACAUUGCCUCCGCCGCGAGUAAAUCUUUCUCGCGGAUCAGCUCGCCAAUCGUCGCCGAAGGAAAAAUCGUCUCCAGGUUCCUUCGUGGACGGCAUAAUCGUCUCAGUAUAUCGAUACACUUUCCUUCGGACAGCCUGCGACAUAAGCAAACGACGGGUUGUCCUUCUUACUCCGAGGACAGAUAUCGUUUCGACGCAAUUUUACUGUCUACUAAGGAGACGGGUUUGUAGGGCGUGUGAAAAAAAUCUCUCGCGCGCCGGACCCGGUUCCUUUUCCGCGUGCUGUCGAUGUUUCGCGAGACCGAAUGGAAUCGUCAUCGAAUCUCAGCACUGAAGUCUCACUCGUUGUUGCUUGUGAUGUCGGACCGUCAGUCCGAACGAACCAACCGCGCUAUAUAUUUUUCUCUGCCAAUGUAAUUGCGUCAUACACUAUAUCGAAUAAUCGUCUCACUUAGCGAGAUUAACGAAUUGUAAGAUGUAUAUGUAUGUACGUUGCGUGUUCGUCUAUUCUAUGCGUAUUAUAUCGUGUGCAUGAGCGCGCCGACGAGGGAGGCUUCGCGAUCGUAGAUUAUUAAUAAUCGCGCGGCUUAAUUCGACGACGAGGAAGAAAUCGCGGGAUGGGGUCGCGGAUUGAUUUUACGCUGUCCAUUUACGCGCUCAUUGUUGUAAUCUGUUCGAGACUGCCGCCGCGAAACAGCACGGCGGCAUUCAAACACACGAAGCUCGUUGUAAUCGUGCAUUAUUUUCUAAGCACUUGUCGAUGUUAGUUAGAGCCGCUUCCCGAUGCCCUCGACGCGCGUCGAAUCGCAUUCAGUUGUGAAACGAUGAGAAUUACGCUGCGGAAAUAAUUAGAGGAUCGCUUUCUCGAAGGGAACGGUAACAACUUUGAAUCUUACAUCUUAUAAAUUUCUGCUUAAGAAUGAAGUUCUAAUUUUUUUUAUUGAGAUCUUGGAAUACCAAGUAAAGCAUUCUAUAUACAAAUAUGUACUCAGACAUAUUAUUUUUUUGUACUGCAAGUUUUUCUUUAAAAUCUAGUCUAAUUACUUUGUUAAGUAAUAACCGUUGGGAAGUAAAACUUUUACUUUUAUCAUAUAUUUUUAUAAAAAUAUAUUUAUUUUGUUCAACCAUGACUUUUGGCACGGACGCCUUACGUUGAUUUUGUGAAACAUGUAUAAACCUGUUAUAUACAAAUUAGUGAAUAAGUAUUUCUAAGAGAGUUAUAACCUUUUGAAAAUAUAAACCCAUUAAUGAAUCCUGAAGAAAGUUCAACGAUUCACAGCAGUUAAAAAUAUAUAUAUAUUUAAUAUGCUGUUACACUUUUGAGACAAAUUAUUCUAUGAGGAAUAAUCUUGUUUUGUUUGGAUUUUUAAUGAAUAUAUUUAUGAUCUACUUUUAGCUCUUUUAAAUAAAUUAUGGUAUUUUCGUUCGUUUAAGAGCAGUGGUCCUUCAAUUAUUUUUGAGCAGCGUGUAAUAUUCAAUUAGUCGAUUUAAUGAUCGUCGAGACGCUCGUCGUUGCGUUUUAAUUUUUUUAUGUGCCGUUAUGCAUUAUUAAAUUAACAAUAAUAAAUGUACUCCGAUAAUUCUUUUGAAUAAAAUUCGAUUUAAUGCUCUGACAACAGAUAUCACGACAGAUAUGACAAAUUCAUGCAAAUCUCUGCUUAGAUAUAUAAGAUUUUUACCCGAUUUAAUUAUUUAUUAUCACCCACAAUGAUACAUUUCCAUUCUUUUGUAAAUAGAAUCUAAUUAUCUUAUAUAUCAAUGGUUUUUCCAUUUGACAGACAUUUGUUUCUGUAAGUUGGAUUUGCGACAAAUGGGAAUAUUAGAACGAUAACAAAAAUUCGCUCAUUUUUGCCUGUAGCUUUCAUCGUUAAUAGAAUAAGAGAAAACUUGAAGGAUUUUUUUAUCGAACUAAUAGUCGUGAAAAAAAAUAGUCGCAUAUCCGUUGUCACUGCGUUAAGUCACCGUUGAUACACCGAAUGCAGGAGUACGUAGUUGUUAGGAAGGAACAAAUGAGAAAUGUAUUCGACAAAUCUUACGUUCUUCUCGUUCCUGAACUGUACGGAACUGCAGCCGAGCUACUACGCGCGGCGCGAUGUGAUACAUUCUAUUCUUUUUUUUUUGUUUCCCCUUUUUUUAAAUGUAUAAUCAAAUACAUCUUUCUCCGAAGUGCUUGCGAAUGUGUCUCUCUUGCAGCUUCGUAUGUCUAUAAAUUUCUCGUAUUCUACUCGUGCGUAUUUCGGUACACACUCUUGACAUCCGUAACACGAGUUUUACGCCACGUUCUAGUGCGAGUUUCGUUCUACGGCCAAAAAUGCGGAAUCUUUCGCCUUCCCGCCAUUCCUCCCCACAAGUUAAUUUCGAAGCGACAUCGCGACGGGAUUGUUUCACGUGUACCCGGCGUUUCUUUUACCUCCUCCGGAGUGCACGAUCCCGGAAUACGGUCGUACCUGCGGACCUGCGGAAGGGCCGAAGCUCGUCAUUACAACCCGCGGAACCUGUGUUACGCAUCGUAGAGGUCUGUUAUUGUAAACUACUUUAAUACUACAGAUUACCUCCACCAUGUUUCCCGCGGACGCGUUAUUAGUCCCGGGCGAGCAUUUUUACAUCGCCAGAACCGUUCUAACGAAUCAGUAUUCCUUCAACUUCAGAGUCCCGUAGGAUUGUGUACCGAUCUAUCGUUUUUACGUCACUCCUGUAAUAAUAGAGAUCAGAUGUUUUUUGGAAAUGUGAAUCAAUUUUUAAAAAUGUAUGAAUCGAUAAAUAAAUAAUGCAUGGCAUAAAGAGCAAAA